AUGACCGCCCCUAGGCGGUACGGCCCUCUGUUUCCGCUAGCUGCCCUUGGCAUCUGGUUGCUUAUUUGGGGCCAGCACGGGCAAGAGAGUGUCUCGUGCAUCAAGCCCUCCGUGGCACAGACGUGCCCGAAGGCAGCGAGCCUUCGCGAGGAAGAGGUUGCGCAGCGGCUUUUUCCAGGCAAGGGCAAGGGAGAUGCCCAGCAGGUUUCCAGAGUGGAAUUCGGACUUCCCCAAGGUGUUGUCUCGGCUCUGCAAUCUAUUCAGAACAGGUCUACGCAGGAUCUGUGGGGUCCUGCAGCGGUGCUGGAGUCUCAAGCCACAGCGGAACAGCGAUUCCAGCGCCGUUCCAACGCUGCCAAUCGUCUAUCCAAGCGCCUAUCCGGCAACAUGCGUGCGAAAGAGGAGCUGGCGACAGCGCUACAGCAGUGGUUUAUGCUUGUGAGCCAACGCCUGGUCGGGCUUAUUACCCAAGUCAGGGCGCUGGGCAGCAAGUUGGACGAGGACACCACUGUGGCGGCCGCCGAGAUGAGGGAUAUUUUGGCAGCACAGCCUUCGGAGCUCACUACGGCUCAGGUUGUCAAGGCGGAGGAGACCAUGGGCCCUAUUUGGUCCCCUUCGCAGGAACACGUGGUGAUGCAGUUGGCUGCAGGCCUCAAGGCUUUUGGAACAGUGCUUCCUGCACCCCUACCUACAGAGCCUGGACCGCACGCCCUCUUCGCCAUGGAGCCUCCGCAGCUACCCUCCGGCCCUGUCCUGGCGCAGGACGGUGCUUCCGAUGUCAGUUUUGGUCAAACUGGACUUCGCGACCUGCCUGGGAUGACCCCGACCUCCACUCCUCUUGCAAACAGAGGUGCAGUGGUGGAUGUCGAGCUACCCCAGGCAGCCCCAGUCCUUGGGCAGCCCGACUCCUUGAGCUUCGGGUCUAUCGCUCCGACCGUGGUCUCUGGGCGAUGGCGGAAGCGCAGUGCAGGCCAUUCCGACCGGCCCUCGAAGAGCCCCAGGCGAGAUCAUGUGGAACCACCUUGGACAAGAGAAGCGACGGGCCGUACGCCCGACUCUGUGCAACGUGCUCCGCAAGUGGCUGUGGUCGACGACGGCCCCGAGCUCAUCCCGGACCCUACGUCCAACAGUACGAGUCCUUGGACGGUGGCGUGGCUUGCUAUGCUCCAUUUCUGCACCGAGAACGGAGCGGACCUGAUCGGCGAACUGAGGCAAUGCUCACGUCAAGAUGCAGCCCUGCCACUCACUGUGGAUGCACAGGCCCAGGAGGUUGUAGCGCUUGCUGCCGAAGCUGUCUGGGAAGGCAUGUUGCGUGCGGUGGCCAAACCGGAGCUGGCCCAUCUCCAGUCCCUUCACCGAGAUCUGCGAGAGGUCAUGCAGCAGCUUUGGUUGUGUUCCAAUGCCCUUCCGUCUGCCAGGCAGGGACUUCUUGUGGCUGCUCACUUGACUGCGGGAAGGAUUGUGGACCCGUUCUCGUAUGCGCCCUCAACAGCACAGGAGUGGCUCUUCCCGGACCUACUUCUCGAGGCCGACGCCCCGAUCCGUGGCUUUAUUGCAAAAGAUGCGUCACAGGACUCAAGAGUGCAAGUGCUGCUCCGGAUGCCAUCACCCUUCCUCCGAGUGACCGACUCUGCGGUUCUUUUCGGCCUACGGUCCCAGAUUGUCCUGGCAACGCUCUUGGCAGCUUGGUUGCACCCUUUCUGCCUCCGCGUGGUGGGCUGCGGUUGGGGUAUGGACUUUUACCCCCACGCCCUCCUUGCCCUGUCUUGGGCUUCGCAUCACUGGAUGACGCUUCUGCUGCUCUACCUUUCAGUUGCCGAUGGCGUCACUCUCCACCUCGGCGCGGCGGUUGUCUCCUCCUGGGGGCUGAGAUCCUCCACUGCUGUGCAAUUACAUGCCCACGGCUUUCAUGAGGGCCUCCCUGUCCUCAGCACGGGGCCGGUUCUGCCCACUCCUACUGCUGAGGAAAUGUGUGAGGUUUACCCUGUCGGCCGCACGGGUAACUUGCUUCUCCCACGCACCGACCGCAGUCGUCGGCACCUUGCUGCCUUUGUGGGUACACCGCCUGGAGCCCCCAUUCUCGAACCUUGCCCUGUCCCUUUCCUGGUUGACGAAUGGUUGCAUGGGCCGCUCUUGCAUGCCCGGCUUGCUGCCACCUUGGGAUUCCCUGCUGGUGUCUUCUCUGUCUCAGCCAUCCGCGGGGUCCUUCCCGGCCUGCCAAGUGAGCAGCUUCUUCUCACUCCGGCUGCCUGUUCAUGGCGUCAAGUCUGGCUGCCCGUUGACCUCCGUCCGCUAGGAGGCCGCAUAUGCAUGCUUGUGUGCCCCCGUGACUCUACUUGCAGAGCCAUUGCGGUCCUUGCUCUCGCGGCUCAGACGAUGCAGACUGAAGUUGACCUUCUGCUUGCUAAGUGCCCCUGGGGUUGGUUGACGCUGAUGUCCCAACCCCUCCUUCUGCAGGACGUCGACACUCUGCAAUUUCAUAUUGGCCCAGCUGCUGAUGCGCUGCAAGGUGAGCCUCCCGACGGCACCCUCAGCCCACGAAGCUUUCCCGGGCUGACUACUGUUUGCGUUCCUCCUCCUGUUACUGCUCUUGCGGCUGUUACGGUUGCUUCUCGACGGGACCGCAGCAGCCUCCCCCACGAGUGGGUCGAACAGUGCGCCCGUGGCGGGUUCGGCCUCCUCCAUCGAGAGCUUGCGGUAUUACCAGAUCAGGUCCUCACCAGCAGUGUCCCGAUUGUUGUCAUGUUCUUCCCGCAUGUCUUUCGUCAAGACUCUUCCUCCUCUUCGGAGGACCAGGUAGGCGGCUGGGACACCCCGGGUACCUCUGACACCAUUUCUGCGCUGCAGCACACCCUGUUGCCCUCCCCUGCUAGGGCUUCCUCGUCUACUGCCAUGCCCGCUUGCACUGGAGUCACCCCGUCUGAGUUUCUCAACACCACUUCCCCCAGUGCCUUGGUGCCGGCCGCCGAGCCUGGCUCGGCUUCCUCAUCGGUCGUUAGCCAAUUCAGCGGCACUCGGGGUAUUCUUUUGGCUGCUUGUGUGUUGCACGGGCCGCACCAUGGCGUCGGGAGCCUCCUUGCUUGGGGUGCGUGCCUCGUCAUCUCCUGUGGGAUGCCUGGUCAUGCCGUUCAGAUGCACAGUGUUGCGGCACCAGCAGGUGCCCACACGCAUUUACAGGCCAGGUGGCUUCAGGUUGGCGACUUUGGUGAUGGACCGCUUUGGUCGGUUCUUCCCUCCGCCAGUGAGGUGUUUCUCAUUACUUGCCGCCUUUGGUGGCCCGGAUCUUCGGUCCGCCUUGAGUUUACCAACACUGAGAGUGCUCGCGAUGCUGCCGCCGAGCUUUACCGUCAGGCCAUCCGAAUAGGUCGCCCUCAGAUUGUUGCUGCUUCUGCAGGCCCUACUCUUGAGGCGGUUAACCUUGUGGCUCUCCCGUCCCGCCCUGAGACCCUAACUGUUCUUCUGGACCUAGGUAGAGAGGUUGUCUGUGUUGAGCUGCCCAAGGAAUACAGUGCUGAUCAUGUUCUUGAGGCUGCGCAGUUCGCGGCUGCUUCGGCUGACGUCCAGAUCCUUCGGGGCACGGCACAUCGGCUUCGCCAAGGCGACGUGGUACGAGUGCGUGUCAACACUGAGGCGCGCACCCUCGAUGUCUCAGCCUUUGUUAUUCCACACAAUGUUGGCACUGCAUCGCGCUGGCUUCAGGAAGGCCGAAUCGUGUCGCUGCUUCAUCCUGUGGCUGGAGUGUUAUCUUUCGAGGUCCCGCGUGCUUGCGACCUUGAUACUUCUGUGCUGGGUGCGUUGUUGCGCAGCGUUACCCCAGGCCAGCAUGUCUUCGUUGCGCUACCCGGAGCUGACCUUCUCCCUCAUGCCGCCUUCGUCGCUGCCUUCCCUGGCCAGGACUGUGUCACAUAUCGGGUGACUGAUGCGUCUGACCCCUCUGCUGUGGGUCUGCACUUGGCCUUUUCCGGCGUCUUUGAAUCUUUCCCGGCCUUUUUGGAAAGUCUUCUUCGCAGCAACCGCCCCGCCGCUGCUCUGCUUCGAAGGUUGCAGCCCUUCGGCCUCUCUGUUCUAACCUGGGAAUGCACUUCCUUUCCUGGUCGAGCUGACUGUCGCUACUGGCAUGUCCAUGUGCAGGCUGACUUUGCACGGGCCCGGGAGCACCUUUUGAGCCUCAGCUGGGAGCCGAGACUUGUUCGCACGCCUCCGCCCCUCCCUCCCCCUAGGGCUCGGGUUUUCCAUAGUAUAGGUUCCCAAACUAACGCCCCCUUCAUUUCUGCCAGCACGCCGGCUGCUGUACUCCAGGCACCCCCGUCUGUUUGCGGUGCCGGUGUCACACCUGACUCUGCGUCCGAACUCGUUGACCUCUGGUGCGAUGCAUGGCACGUCAAGUGCCUGGUUGCAUGUCUGCCCGGAUUCACCGUGUGGGCCCUUCGAGAGGGGAGCCGACUCUACGGUAUGUGCACCCCUGUCCCCUCCUGGGAAGCUGUUGCACAGGCCCUUUCCCUGUCCCUCUGGGAGCUACCACAAACGUUUCUGUCCAGCGACAGCCGUGUUUGGCCAUUUCCCCGUGACAUCACAGGCGUUGCGAUGCAGUGUGUCAGUGUUGGGUACGACUCUCCUGAAGGAGUCUCCCAACUAGUGCGUAAUUGCGAGGCCGAGACGCCUAGCCCGCCACCGCCCCCGGGCCCUUUGGCCUCUGCUGCUCUUGGCUUGCCUUGCUUGCGGCGGUACUCGCUUUUGUGUGCUCUCAGCCUCCUUCUCCCUGUGGUGUCAGUCCGCGUGAUGGUUGAGCCUGCUCCCUUGUUCUCUCGCCUCGCGGAAUCCGAGACACUGCAAACUCGUCGCGACUUUUCACGGCCCUGCACCAUGUCUUGGACUCACGAGCUUGCCCGGCAGACGCACGGGUUCGCCCUUUCAGCACCUCAACUUGGCGCGUAUGUUACUGGCGCUUCACCUCACCCAGAAGUGCAGAUGCACCUUUGGCUUCCCGGGCAAGGCCCCGUCCACUUGAGGGUUGGUGCACGCCACCUCCAUCAGCAUCUUAGUGCUUACCUUGGCGCCUUCUUGCCAGACUGCGAGUACGGAUUGCACGUCGCUUUCGAUUCCAGCCCCCAAGUGCUUGAUCUCAUCGUUUCCCCGCCUUCACCAUAUGGCUGGUGGAUACUGCGUGACUCAAUCGGUUGCGAGCUUCUCCGACCGGUGGUCCAGCACUACACUUCCCAUUGCUCAUUCUUCUUCUGCGCUGUGGAGCCGGAUGGGGCUGUCCAUAACGUUGAGCCCUCUGCCGAAGUCCGCCAUAUGUCUCCCUGCCCGCAAGGGGCUCGGGCACUUAUUACUAGUGUUCUUCCGGGAUUAGAGGGUAAACUGGUUGAUGGAGUUCUUAAGAUUGUCGCUGCCCGGGCUCGGCUCCCCUCGCUUCUCGGCAGUCUCGCGUUGCUCCUGCUUUGCCGCCACGUGGCCUCUAUGCAACCUCCCCAACUCCUUGCUCUGGCCCCAGUCGCUGAGGCUUCGCCGCCUCCUCCGACAACCAUUCGCAUCUGGACUCUCAACAUUAAUGCACCCGUUGACCUACCAUGGCGUCCUCAGGGUUACCCGACCCGUUGGUUGAGAGAGCUGAUGUGCCGUCUUCACCAUAUUGACGAUCCCGGUGAGUUCCGGCCCACACAUUCCACUACGGACAGCUCCGUCCAGCAUGUCCUUUUCGUGCCGGUCGUUCCUGCUACGCGACCCACGGUCCGGUUUUGGCUGCUCCACUGGGGGGACGCUGCCGCUGUUACUUUCGGGCAUUCGCCCUUUAGUUGGGAUGUCGUCUCUGCCCAUCUCAGAGCUCUCUUCCCGGGGGGCCAUUUACCAGAGCGGAGCCCCGCUCUCUCCUACGCCGGUCAGCUGUACCCGCCAGGAGUUGCCUUGCCUGAUUUUCCAUCCGGAGCUGUCAUUCAGAUUUUGAUUGGUGCUCUUGCAAGGAUCCCGGGCGAUGAUGACCCUUGGAACCCGGAUCCCCUGGUGGUUGAGGGACCUUACUUCCGGCAUGUUCCGAGUAGGGGUCCAGCGCUAGAACCUGCCAUCCUCCUCGAUGGCCACGGGAACCGACGUGCCGCCGGCGCAUCGCAUGUGCCUUUGAUUGACCAGGAAGUCCAAACGGACCUCUCAGGCAAUGGCACCGGCCUUGAUCAUGCUACGGUUUCCCGAGUUCACAUGCUGUCUCAGGAGCUUUCUUUUCACACUUCACGACUCUGGGCCGGACUUGCUGAACCGGAUGCAGAACCGGCUGGGGAAUCGCAACCUGUUCUGCGUCUCGCCUCGCAAAGUACUUGUGCUGCGGUCAGCCCCUCCACUGUUGAUCUGCUCGAUAUUGCGAGUGUGUCGAACUGCCGGCGACAGGAUAGGCUUUCGGUGGUUGUUCUUUCCUUAGUCUGCACUCGGGGUUUAUUUGGACCUUCGGCUUUCGGGCGCCUCCUUGUCCUCGCAACCUUAGGUGCAGGUUCGAUUAUCAGUGCGCCGCCUGCUAGUUCAGAUGACGAACAGUCCGAGGAUGCAGGCCCACCACCUGUCCAAGCCUUCAACAUGUCUGCCGCUGAGCCCACCCCGGUCUCUCGACCUGCCGGCCCACCACCACCAGAGCCUGUCAAUGCUCCUUUCCAGCCUCGUAUGUGGUUCCUCCGCGCCGCCCGGCCGCUGGAGGACUAUGCGCUAGGCCUCUGGCCGUCUUCAGUUGAAAGGGAGCCCGCCGCGGACGAGGACACUGUCCGCCGUGUUCAAGCCGAUUUGCUUGGUCUUCAACGAGGCCUGCGGACCUUUGCUGCCGCUAUUCCCCUUGGCACCCCCUUCUGCAUUCACAAUCCCUUCACCGCCCGACAGCAAUGCGAGCUUGUUGAGUAUUCUGCUGGCCCUGAGAUCAAUCCCUUUGUUUUAUUCAGGGGACACGCCCGCAGCCGGGGUUGGGCCGAUAUUGUGCUCCUGCAACCGCAGCCUGAUGCUACUGCUGUACACCUUAUCGGGUGUCCGCAAGCACCUGGGAACGCAGCUGUCGGCAUUGUGCUGGAAGGCCGCCUUGUGCCCUGCUGUCUCCCGGUCUGUGUUGGGACCGCGGCAUUACGUGCUCUGCAGCUUGACGGGAGUGAGUACGAUCUUCGCCCCCCUGAGGUUCAGGAAGGGUCCUCGGUCGUCCAGUUCCGCAAUGGCGACUGUCUGGCUGUGCGACCCCGCUCUCAGUCACGGUCUCCUCCUCCGCCGGAACAAGUCGCCGCCUUUGCUGCCCUGACCAGCGAAGCUGAACUUGCUGCCGGCAGUCCCGACAUCCCCUUCUCCUCACAAGGUCGCCCCGUUUUGUCUUGGGGCUGUUUCUCACUGAUCUUCUGCCGGUUUACCCCAUCAAUGUGCCUUUCUCUCGGACUCCUUGCUGGCGCUGCUCUAGCACAAGGCAUGCAUAGACCAGGUGGAUUUCCUUGGGGUACCGAUCCAAUCAACCGUGACUUUUCCGCCAUUACGGCAGAGGACCCGGUCUAUGUUGUUCUGCAUAGUCCCUUCUUGGGGGUGUUUCCCCCAUACACAGCCUCCCAUGACACUCGCCACGGUCAAGUCUGGGCUCAGUUCCUCAACGACGACCCGGGAUGGGCAUCUGAUUUCUUUCCCGUGUGGCCGGGCCCCGCCUUCAACGAGUUGUCCAUGGUCCCGGUGGGACAAGAUGCGGCCCUUGUGACCAUUAUGCUGAUGUGGCGGGGCCACCAUAGGGCCACGCUUACUCCGCGGACCAUGACAGUGGCGUGGUUGACAGCCUUUAUCUCGCGUCACAUCAAUAGCCCCGUUGAUGGCAUUUCCCUGCCGCACGGGCUCGCGAUCUGCGAGCUCUUUGAUGUUCCGCCCGCGGCUUUCCGUUUUCGCAACGGCGAUGUCGUGUACAUCCAUGACCCUCCGGAGGACCCUUCUGAGCCGCUCGAGUUUGUCGAUCCUUGGCACCUGCAGGAUGGCCUUGCAGCUCACCACGCUCCCUGGGCUACGGGCUUUCAACUUAUGUUCGGCAUUUCUGUGCACCUGCUUCGCCCCAAUCGCCCACCCCUGUUGGCCUCUGUCUCAGCUGGAGAAGCCUGGUGCCCAGAAUCCUUUACGUUCACCGGCACUUUCCGUAACCACUUUCCGGGCAUGUGGACACCCGUUCAGUGGUCCGGUGCCCGGGCAUUGCAAUUGAUCGAGGUCCAUGGUGUUGCGGCUCAGGUUAACGUGGUUGCUGCCUCUCCCGAAGGCCGCCUCUGCCGUACCGUUGAUCGGAUCGCCUCGCGCGAUAGCCUUGCCGAUCAACUGCACUUCCUCCCUGGAUCCCUGCAAGUGGGGGGAGUUCCCUCCUACGCUCUCAAUCAGGCCUGUGAGCUUCGGAAUGGGGAUGUCGUGUUCGGCGACUUUGCCCGAGGGGCCUGCAGCGGCCGUCCACUUCUGUGGGGUUUGGCCCUGGGCCUCGUCCCAGCUUUCUCCUCCUGUCGUACGGGCACCUUUCUUUCGAUUCUGCUGGGUUCCCUUGGGGCUCAUUCCGGCUUUUUCUCCCGUCUUCUUAUGCUGACCUGGUGCCUACAUGGCGCGCAAGCUAUGGUUCCGGAAACUUCGGUGUUGAGCCAGACCACAUCCUCGGUUAUUCCACCAGCUGCCCCACCCAGGGUCUCGGUCACUGUUGCCAACCCUUUUGCGCCAUGGCAUCGUGUUGAGGCCGACCCACGUCACCUUUUCGAUGAUGUUAUGGCAGACGCCCACCGCACUUUGACAUCAUGGCACCGGGGAUUUGCUGCCACUGGCCUGGUUUUAGAAGGGCCAAAUGGGACGCAGCGGCAGCUACAGUGCUACAUCAUGAGGUUGAGCUUGGCCACCACCGCUGGGCCCCCUGCCAUGGACAUCUCGGCGUUGCUCAGACCAGGGACGGAGACUGGUGGGUUCUUUCUGCUGCAUUCGGUCUCCUGGGGAGGCGCCCUCUCCUCCCUGCCCAACUCGCUCUUGUCUUCUUCGGGCUUCUUGAACCUGUGUGGGGAGCGUCCUCCAGUGCCUCUGGCCGCUGCCCCAGCGCGGUUCUUUCCCCCUGCCAUCGAUUUCAAUGAUGGGGAGCCCUAUGUUCCGCUAGGUGGCUGGCAGCCCGAUAGCCCUGAUGGCCCACUCGCACGUUACUUCCCUGGUCCCCGACCACUCACGGCUCGUGUUUUGUGCCCCCUGAGGGGCUGGAGCGAGACCAGCUUCCUUGACACGACAAGAUCAUGGCGGUCUAUCGAGCAGGAAGGUACGCGCCACUGCGGGCUUUGGGCCCAUCGCUUCUUCCCUGUCCGGGCGGUGCUCCCAAUUUCGCAGAUCACAGUCGCUCCGGUUGCCCCCUACGGUCUUGCUACUGUGGCCCUGCACAUUGAAGGUUGUUCGGCCGUGGCUUUUGCCUCGGUGGACUCGUCUCUCGAUGACAUUCACCGGCUUGCUGUUCGCGUCUUUCCUCACACCCGGUUUUGGCGCGUCAUAGCACCACCUGUGCUGCGCACUACCAUCCCGAAUGCGCAUAUCCGGCUCCGCAACGGCGAUGCUUUUAGCCUCCUUCCCGAGCCUUCCGAUCCGGGUGCUACCCGUUAUCCCUUGCUGCAGUAUGCCUCUCUGGACCGGGCACGGCAAGUUGCCAGCUGGUCGCUCCCUUUUCGCUUUGACUCGGGCGGCUACGUUUGCCUGUGGUACACGGGCCGUCGAUCUGGCCACAGUAUCCGGAUCAGGGAUACCGGCUAUUGGGAUCCCGAGGGCCCCACCUUCUGGAGUCUUAAUGGCAGAGCGCUGUCAGGGUCGUGGGUCCCUGUCCUCUCUGGGGAUCUCUCCAGUCUGCACCUGGUACACAGCACCUCCACUGGUGAGGCCCAUGUCCUUCUCUUACUGCCCCCCGAUCUUGAGCCUCAGGGGUUGUUGCUCGCUGGUUGCAAUGCCUACCGUGCACCACCCGGGUGGCGCCUUCUACCUGCUCUGCAGUACGUUCGGGCAGACAGUCCUCUCCGAGAUGGAGAUGUCCUCGUGCUGGACCCGACUGCUGAUACGGUUUGGGACCCUACCGGACCGCCCCCGCAAAGCCUUGCGGGUCCGGCCCCGGGCCCAGUUGCGCGCCCAUGCUGGGGGCCCUCGUCUUCUGCUGCCGCCGCCAUCUCUGGUCGCUGGGCUUGGCUUGCGGUCCUUUCGGCCAGAUGGCCCCGGCUUCUCGCCCUGGCUUGCUUGGUUUGUGCCGGUCAGGGUAUGGCUCCCGCACUGGACUUGCCGGAACAGCCAAUUCGUGUGGGUUUCUUCCCGUGGCGGGCCGCAGCCGCUGCGGCUGAUCUGGUUGAUCUCACCAACCGCACAGAGAUUGACAUUGUCCUUCUUAGUCCCUUCACAGGUCCCCAGGAGGCUGGGCGACUGCCCACUGCCUCGACUACCGGAGAGCUCAAUGCUCUCACACGCUCCUGCGACCCAGCUUGGGGUGCUGAAGUUGCACCUGUGUGGCCGACAGCUGCCAUACCGGCCCUACUGGUUGUUCCCCGUCCCCUGACGCCAGACCUUGUCUGUUUAGCGGUCUCCUCCUUGGAUCGGCACUUCUCUAUCCUUGUGCCCUGCACUACCUCUGUGUCCUGGCUGGGCGCGGCUCUCCGCUUCCUACAGCCGAUGCAAACUCUCUCGGUUCGUGCACCCAGUGCUCUCACAGCCGAUGCCACAUCUGACCAAGGCGUGCGCUGGCGAUCUGGAGACCUGGUUGUUGCAUUGCCUCCUGCAGCUUUUGCGCCCGAAUACCAGCCCCCGUGCUUUCAUUCCGACGCUCAAGUGCGGCAUUGCGCCAUUUGGGCUGUUGAUUUCUCGGUCUCCACCCGUGUCAACUUCAUACUCUGGAGGCCUGCUGUUCGAGCCAUCCGGGGACACGCACCGGCAGGCAGCCGCUGGCGUGCUCUUGAUUAUACUUUUGAUGGUGACUUUAGCCUCCACUACCCUGGGCGUUGGGUUCCGGUUCCCUGGAUCGCCCAGGAUCACGCCCACUUGGUUUUGCUGCCGGAGGACCCUUCGAGGGUCAAUGUCAUUGUGGAAGCAGACGGCCAUUGCUGGUGUGCCCUUGUCACAGCCGUUACCGAUGCCUGGCAACUCUGGACUGAGCUCCCAUCUAUCUCUUCUCAGCCCCGCGUCCUUGGUGUCCCACACCAGGAACUGCGCCAAGGGACGACCCUUCGCAGCGGCGAUGUUGUUUCCGGCUGUCCAGGACUCUCCCCCUCCUGUUGGCUCCCCUGCUCUUUGGGGCUUGCAGCUUGGUGGGCACUCGGCUCUGCCUCUUCGGCCCCUGGCUAUCUUCUCAUGUUUGCUGGGCUGCUCGCUCUCCCCCCGGUGUCGGGGGCACGUCUUCCCCACGAGGGCGGCAGUCGACAAUGGUCUUUGGCAACGUCAAACUGUGACGGGCAGCCUGGACUCCUCUUUGCUUGGUCCCCGGGAGACCCGGUCCCGCUUACUGUCCCCACUACCAGUGAUGAACAGUGGGAUCCUGAACAUUGCACCUUCCGCCCUUCACUGGUCCGGUUCAGUGUCGGCCGCUGGAUUCCAGCAGCCCGGGUUGACGACCUUGGGCUCCAUCUUGUCCCUGAAAGCCCUAAUCUUCAUUGGGCCCAUGUCUUGUCUGCUCGACCCCCCCUCAGCGUUCGAGUGGUGCCUCGCCAUGGCGCAGAUGGACUCCUGCGGGAUGGUGACAGCGGCUCCCCCCUGGGCAGCGCUCCCUCCCGCACCUUGCUCCCGUUGCUUGCCAGUCUGGCCGUUCGCGGGCGUCUGGGUCGGCACUGGUUUUCUCUUCUCAGUGCUUGGGUUCUUCUGGCUGGGCUGCCCGAGUUGUUUCCGGGUACGGCGGCCCUUGGAUUCCCGCCGGUCUCCACUCAUGCCCUUGCGCGGACUCCAGGUCCUUCGCCCAUUGGAGUGGAUUUCGGGUUGCUCUCCCGCACCAGCUGCUAUUUUCGUGCAUGGGGGGCGCCAGAUUGGCACAGCCCGGAUGGACUCUCCUGGGCGGCAGAUAUUCACCAAGAGUGUGCCGCUCAGGCUUCCUUGCACCAGUUGUGGUGGACGCACGACCUCUUCCAGAAUCUCCCGGCAUCCGCUCCAGCGCCUUAUCGCCAGGCCUUCUCUAGUUUCCCAGUAUGGUCUGGCGGGGUACCCGAUCAGGUUCUCAUCGCCACUGAUGGGAGUGGCGAGCGGGGAGGAGCAUGGGCCUUCUGCGUAUGGGUUUGGUGGCGUCACAAGUGGCACCGGGUCGGGUGGUUCGGCGCCGCGGGGGCCGAUACCCCUUGGUUAUCUGGAACUGCGGCCCCCGGGAGUGGUGUCUCCUUUCACGCUGAGCUUUGGGCCUUGCAGGCUGCGGGCCUCUGGCUCCUCGCUUGGGUUGACCGCCUCUCCCUUCUGACGUCAGCAGCGCCUGCCAAGGUCACCAUUGCGGUUGACAAUGCCUCUGCGCUCCAGAUUGCGGCCGGGCAAGCGCAGGCCAGUGAGCCAGUCACCACCCUUACUCGUUAUAUCUGGCAGGCUGUCCAGUCCCGUAUGUCCACUCGCUUUCAGCACAUACGAUCGCCGACUUUCUCGCUGGCUGGGCUGGAAGCGGCGCCUUGGCUCUGGCUCAUUCCACAUGCCAAGGUGGUCCAAGGCAGACCCUGGAUCCGUCUCACCGCGCAGUCACUUACCCAUGCACCAGCAGGUCGAGGGCCCGCUGUCCAGUGCCCUUCCGCCGAGGUGCCCUGUGCGGCUCCGUCGCUAGAGCCCCAGCGACCGUUGCCGCUAGCACCCUCGCUAUCCCUCCGCAUUGUUACGGCUAACGUUCAAACCAUGCGGGACUCUUGUGCCUCCUUCUUCAAUCCGUCGGGUCAUGGCCAGCGGCGUCAAUACUUGUACUCUCAAGUCGCCCAGUUGGGCCUCGAUGUGGUCUGCCUUCAGGAGACGCGCAGCAAAGGGGGCCGAUGGGAUACAGCCGGCCUUCUCACCUGGCGCUCCGGUGCCCAAAAAGGUAGCUACGGUUGCGAAAUUUGGGUUAGGCCCCAGAUAGUUAACCCCCCCCUCCGCCUGGAUGACUGGCGGAUUGCCUGUGCUGACCCCAGACUUUUAGUCAUAGUCUGUAAACGGGCGGACCUCCCUUUGGCCGUUGUAGCGGCGCAUGCUCCACACGCCGACAGACCAGUGCCCGAAAUCCACCACUUUUGGUCCUCACUGCAAUCUCAGCUGUGCCAGCUCCCACGGGCCCUCACUUUAGUCCUGGGUCUCGAUGCUAACGCUGAUCUCCUUUGGGCCGAUGACGACCAUGCCUAUAUCGGGGAUGCUCUCGGUAAUGGUGAAGAAGGCGCGGGCGAGCAAGGCCUCUUUGAUACCAUCCAGCGUUUUGGCCUCCUUGCCCCCGCCUCCUUCUCGGACCUUCAGGACGGCCCGGGCUGGUCCUGGGAGCAUACUGGCGGCACCCGCAAGCGUCUAGACCAUAUCUUGCUUCAGGCUGGCCCCUGGUCCUGCCGUCGCACCCGACAGCUUCCUGAGCUGGACAUUCUCAAUGGUCGUCGGGAUCAUAUGCCGCUUCUGGUCGAGUGCGACCUUCGGGGCCAGGCCACCCGGCCCAAAGCGCCGGCCCCACCCCGCGCAACUGUGCACCAGGCACGGGCCAUUGCUGCCGAUCUCUGGGGAGCUCUGCCGUCCACCUUCCGGCACAUUGACAGCGUGGGAGCUGAAGUGCAGGCUCUUAAGACCAAGCACUCCUGCUUGCUCCGGGCCCUUCCUCGCCCUCCACGCCGCCCCAUCCGACAGCCCUACAUCACAGCGGCCUCUGUUGCCGCACUCGAUCGAGUUCGGCAGGCGCGAGAACAGCUCCCCCGGCUGCGGACCAAUCUGGAGUGGCAGCAGCGUCGCUUCCUCUUGCAAGUCUGGCGUCUGGGUUGCACACAUCGGCACCCCGAUGCUGCACCCCUGCGCCCUGAUCCGACGGGCCUGCAGCAUGCCCGCCUCCUUCUCCAGGCUUGUAAUCUUCAUGUUCGGGGGCUUCAGCAGAAGGCCCACUAUCUUGCUAGGUCCGACAAGCUGGCUCAUUUCCGCACACUUACUCUGGAGGCGACCAAACACUGGGAAGCUACUGGAGUCCCUCUGGAAUCCAUCCGGCAUCUGCGUUGGGCCUCCCGCAAGGCACACGAGCGCCGGUCUGUCCACGCAGCCGGUGGUUUCGAUAUUGAUAGUGAGUUGGAGGCCCAGUUCCGUGAUCAGGAGGGGGCCAGUUUGGUCAGCCCAGUGCAGCUCUCCAGCGCCGCUGAGCGAUGGAUGAAUGAACCGCGCCUCCCGUGCGCCGAGGCGGUUCCCACCCUCUUGCAGAUGGAACAAAUGUGUGUCCGACAGGCGGCCGCCAAGGCCCCAGGACCAGACGGACUGCGGAACGAGCUCUGGCGCGCGCAGGGAGCCUCAGCAGGGCAGUGGCUCUGGCCCCUGUGCGUGCGCAUCGCUCUCCAAGGAAGGGAGCCUUUUGCCUUUAAGGCUGCCAUUGUAUGCGCCCUUUACAAGAAGGGCCCUUGUGUCCACACAGGAUUUGCGUUGGCCGCCUUCCGUUGUGCCUGGGACCUUUCCAUCUCUGCCGGCCGAUGUGUUGCCGUGGUCUUCGUCGAUAUCCAGGCCGCGUACUAUGAGGCCAGCCGGGAUCUCCUCUUUGAGGGCUUUCCUGAUGACGUUGCCCUGCCAGAGCAUCACCACCUUGCUGGGCUGGUUCUCAGCCUUCAACAACAAGGGGCCCUAGCUGCCUUGGGGGUUGCAGAGGAUGUUGUUGCGCUCCUCCGUGACUGCGUCGCCCUCUCCCACUGGUCACUCUCUGGUUCUUCCAACAUUUUUCUUGCGUCACGGGGGUCUCGUCCAGGUGACGGCCUAGCUGAUAUCCUUUUUGGGGCCCUCUUCGCUGUCGGUCUUCAGCAUAUCCAGCGCGUUGCCACCCGCCAGGGCAUUGUUCACAACAGCGCCGGCGCUGAAGUCGGCCUCUCCCCAGGGGUCAAGCCCAUCGGCUGGGCUGACGACCUGGCGGUUAUGGCCGAUUUUGACCGACCAGCUGAUCUUCUUGUUCAACUGCCCGUGCUGGUUGGCAUUAUUCUUGACACUCUCCGACUCCUCCGAUUUCGUGUUAAUUUGGGUGCGGGUAAAACUGAGGCCCUUGUUGACAUCCGGGGGGAGGGCGCUCGGGCGGCCCGCGGAGUUCUCCUUACUGGCGAUGCCAUGUUAAAGAUCUCUGAUUCUGACAGCAUCAGGUUGUGUCCCGAGUAUAAGUAUCUGGGUGUGGCUCAGCUGCCUCGGGAUACGGGCCGCCGCGAUUGUGAGCUUGCCGCCCAACGAGGCGCCGCUGCGGCCUCCCUUGCCCGCACCCUCCUUUGCAGCAAUUGCUUGCCCUGGGAACUUAAACGGGCUUGGGUCGCGGGACGAGUCCUGCCCUCCGCGUAUUCCUCCCUUGCUAUGUCUCUGGCCGACUCCGGCCGUGCCACGGCCCCUCUCGCUGGCCUCUUCGAUCGCACGGCCAGGAUCCUGCUGUCCUCGUGGCAGGUCGGGCACAAGCUCACCACCCCACUGCUUCGGCUCCUCGCUGACAUUACUCCUCCUGACCUGGCUACUACCAUCAGUCAGUGUCGCCUUUGCGUCCAGCUCUUCUGCAAAGCACCCACGGCGGUGCGUGAAAUCGUCGACGCGGCGUGGAACAGGGCCCUCCCUUGGUGCCAGGCCCUCGUUGCAGCAUGUAUGAGGGUUGGCGUUGCGCUUGAAGUUUGGGACCCUAACUCCCCUCCCGCCGUCACGGUUCUGUUUGUUCAUACCCACAGCCGUGCCCUCCUUCGCGCCUGCAAGGCACUCAGCAAGUUUGGACAUAGGUACUUUGCCUGUGCUCAGCUGUGGGAUGACCUCUCUACCCGUAAGGCCACCCAAAUUCUAGGACCCCCCCAGGCCCAUCGAUGCCCGGUGUGCAGCAUCAUCUUCCCGAGCCUGCACGCGGUCAGAGCCCACAUGCAUCGCAAACAUGGCGUGCUGUCCGAUGUGACUGCCUACAUGGCCGGCUCUGUUUGCCUCUGGUGUAUGCACGAUUUCCACUCUUCGGAUCGGCUGAAAUACCAUCUGCAAUCCCACCGGGCCUGCUUGCAUGGACUUCGGCGUCGGGCCGCUGAUCUGGGCCUGCCUGCUGAUGAGGAGGAGCUGCAACAGGAGUGGGAUACAGUGCAGCGCUCACCGGCCCUCUCCGACCUCGUCCCCGGCAACCUGCAACGGGCCGUCACAGGGUCCUCCAUCGCUGCUCCAACCCCUGCCGGACUUGGAUCUCUCCAAGCUACGGCUCCAGUUUCGGAGCCCUCCCUGUCUCGCCUCGCCUCAUCUUUGUCAUUUGUGGGUUCCUCGCCCUCUUGGUUCUCCUUUGUCGAUGGGGCCGCCUCAGGCAAGGAUUGGGCUCUGCCUACACCCUGGUGGCCCGGGCUUCUCGCCAUGGGUGGGGUCUUUCGGCUUCCCCCAUCGUGGCAUUGCUUCUGGCCCCUGUGGUCAGCCUUGGAGCUCCUUGCCCCUUGGGAGUUCCGGGCCUUCCGGUCGCUUGGCGUCCUCCGUCGCGCCUCGUCUUCCGGGCUUGGUGCUCCUGUGUCUCUUGGCGAUGCGACCUCCGGCAGAUGGUCUCUGUUGGGGAUUGCUGCAGCCUUGAUCUCCUUCCGCAUGUCCUGUAAGGUUGUUCUGCGGUUUGGCGCCCUCUGGAUUCCCGGGCGCCCCAGUCAACAGGGCCUUGUCCUCUUGCGGCGGCUGCUUCCUUCUGCCGUCUUCUUGGACUUCUGGUCCCCUGCUGGUCCUGUUUUCCUGGCUGCGAGCUCUGCUUCCUUGGCCUCGUCUGCUCGCGCCAUCAUUGCCGGUUCUUCUCCUGCGGCCCCGCCCCCGCUUUCCUUGCGGGCUUUCUGGGCCUAUCCGGCUGCCUGA